ACGUAGGCGGUAGGUAACGUUAGUUGUCGCAUUGCUAGCUUUAUGCUAACUUAGUACUUUGAUCAAUUUUCUGUCAAACCUUCUAACGUUACUCAGUUAAGACGAGUAAAAUGGUUUUAGAGGUCACUCUUGACUAAAAUAGCAAGUCCUGUGUUAAAGCUUCUAAUUGCUUUGUAGCUUUUUUCGUAGUUGGGUAACUCCGUAAGUGCCUUUUUAGGGAGCAUUUUGAUCUGGCUACGGUAUUAUUUGGACAUGAAGUACAAAAUAAUGGAUUGUGUCAAGCUGAAAAAGCUGAGCGAAGACAGUUUGACCAAACAACCGGAGGAAGUGUUUGAUGUUUUAGAGAAACUCGGUGAAGGUUCCUAUGGCAGCGUGUUCAAAGCCAUCCAUAAGGAGUCAGGCCAGGUGGUGGCCAUCAAGCAGGUUCCUGUGGAGUCUGAUCUGCAGGAGAUCAUCAAAGAGAUUUCCAUCAUGCAGCAGUGUGACAGUCCUUACGUAGUGAAAUACUAUGGCAGCUACUUCAAGAACACAGACCUGUGGAUUGUCAUGGAGUACUGUGGAGCCGGCUCUGUCUCUGACAUCAUCAGACUGCGCAACAAGACGUUGACUGAGGAAGAGAUUGCCACUAUCCUUAAGUCGACACUAAAGGGUCUUGAGUACCUUCACUUCAUGAGGAAGAUCCAUCGGGACAUCAAGGCAGGAAACAUUCUCCUCAACACUGAGGGACAUGCCAAACUGGCAGACUUUGGAGUUGCUGGACAACUAACGGACACCAUGGCAAAGAGAAACACUGUAAUUGGUACUCCGUUCUGGAUGGCCCCAGAGGUGAUCCAGGAGAUUGGCUACAACUGUGUGGCUGACAUCUGGUCCCUGGGCAUCACGUCCAUAGAGAUGGCAGAGGGCAAACCUCCCUAUGCUGACAUCCAUCCCAUGAGAGCGAUCUUCAUGAUCCCCACCAACCCUCCUCCCACGUUCAGGAAGCCAGAGCUUUGGUCAGAUGACUUUACAGACUUUGUCAAGAAGUGUCUGGUCAAGAAUCCAGAGCAGAGAGCAACCGCCACGCAGCUCCUACAGCACCCAUUUAUCAGCCAGGCCAAGCCGGUCACAAUCCUUAGAGACCUGAUUACUGAAGCCAUGGAGAUGAAGGCCAAGAGGCAGCAGGAGCAGCAGAGAGAGCUGGAGGAGGAGGAUGACAACUCUGAGGAGGAGACAGAGGUGGACUCUCACACUAUGGUGAAGUCGGGCUCAGAGGGUGCAGGAACCAUGCGGGCCACCAGCACCAUGAGUGAUGGGGCACAGACCAUGAUUGAACACGGCAGCACCAUGCUAGAGUCUGACCUGGGCACAAUGGUCAUCAACAGUGAUGAUGAUGACGAGGAGGAGGAAGACCAUGGAUCAAUGAGGAGGCACGCCACCCCCCAGCAGCCAAUACGUCCAUCCUUCAUGGACUAUUUUGACAAGCAGGACUCCAACAAGGCAGCCCAGCAGCAGGAGAAUUACAACCAUAACCAGCCGCAGGAGCAGCCCGGCUACCACAUCCAGUCCAAGAAUGUCUUCCCUGACAAUUGGAAGGUGCCUCAGGAUGGAGACUUUGACUUUCUGAAGAACCUGGACUUUGAGGAGCUGCAGCUGCGCCUGACUGCCUUGGAUCCCAUGAUGGAGCGGGAGAUUGAGGAGCUCAGGCAGCGCUACACCGCCAAGAGACAGCCCAUCCUGGAUGCCAUGGAUGCCAAGAAGAGACGACAACAGAACUUUUGAGUGCCCCUUCCUCUAGUCUUGGUUUCCCAAAGCCACCAUCACCACAAAACCUACGUCCCAUUGACUCAGAGGAACUAAGAUAACCUUAUUGUCUUUGUUGAAACCCACUGUUGUUCUAACUGACUGCCAACUGCCUCUAAUUGAAGUUGGAUGCUUCUUUUACAUCCAUUUUGGCUCCUGGAAUCUACACUUAUCUGCCUUGUUUCUACACUAUGUCUAGAUGCUGUUCCUCCAAAUCGUACAUUUGUUUCUAUGGUUCCUAUAAAGUUGCCCUCCCAUGAAUAAUACUCAGGACUGCGGCCAAAGAGAGAACGGACGCCUGGCUAUUAUACGCCUGAAAGUCUCAACAUUAAUUUCUCCUUUUCCAAAUGAAAUAACGUUUCAUGUCACACAGAAAGCCCUUGGGGAAUCCCCAUCAACUCAUAAGGUAGCCUAUCCUCUGGCAGUAGCAGCAGUAUAAUCACAGUGGUCAAUGACAAGUGUUUUUUUUUUUUUCCUCAGACUUUUUACUUUCAGUGUAAAUAUAAUAUAGAGCCUAGUUUGGAAAUACCUGCAACAAAAAGCUGUGGAGGCUUGUCUAUGACCAAAGACAAUCAAGAUGAUGCUGAUUAAGUUGAGAAUGCCUUAAAAUAUUUAAAACCUGGUUUUAAAAUAAGAAAUGUAAUAUUACAACCAAGUCGUGAGCUGGUUAAUUCCAUUUCCUCACUUGGAGAUGAGUCGGAAGUGGACUGUGGAAAGCUGCAAGAAUGGACAAAUCAUGUGGGUGGUGAAGAACAGAUCAUGCAUGUUCUCAUGGUGGACUUGAAAAUUCAAAACAUACAUUAUUCUUAAUUAUCAUUAUGUUCUUUUUGGGCUUCUUUUAAACAUCCAGUGCACUGUCUGUAUUGACUCCAUGCAUCUUGGUGUCUCUUAACACACCACUUACCCACUGCUCUUCAUUAAGUUAAAAUCUGAGCUGUUACUUGACAAAAUGAUCCACUUCACUCGAAUUAAAACCAGAGUUGGCACCAAAAUUCAUUCCUAACUUUGAAAAAGCAAAGCAUUCCAAAAAUACUGUGACUUUUAUUUUAAUAUCCCUGCCGUCUUUAAAAACCCUGCAGAUUUAUUUCAAGUUCUAAUUAAGUUUUCUGUAAUUGUUCCACACUAUGAUUGAUUAACUUCAGAUUCCAAUAUGACUUUCUAAUAUGCAAAUCAGUGAAGAAGAUGACUAGCGCUGCUCCUGUAAACUGACAAGUGACUAUAAAAGACUCAAGUGACUGACUGAUACUUGAGAAAAACCAAGCUGCUGCAGCUUGCAUUAAGAUUUUUUUAAGCAAAUUUCCCUGCAGCCUAUAUCAAUGUUUCAGCAGGUAUGAUAGAGAAUGUGCUGCUUUUGUUUUCUCCAUUACAGUUUUCUGACAUUUAGGUGUGAAUAUUGAUGAAGGAAUGAAGAUGUACACAUGCUCAUUAUUUACACAAAACUGUCAGUGCAGUGAUUGUUUGUUUUCCUUAAACAACUUGAAAGAAAAUGUCGUGUUUAUCCUAAAAAUAUAAAUAUUGGCUGUUAUCAGAUUAUCUGCUCUCAAAUAUUGAUAUAAGUAUUGGACUCAAAUAUCCAUUGUCAGUUGGGCUUUAUUUCACAAUUUUGAAUGUUUAAUUGAAAACUCUUGCUACGCUUCAUGAGAGAAAAAACUUCUCUGUUGUGGUUUAGUUUUGACAUAUUGAAUUUACACGUGCUAAUAUUGACCCUUUGAAUGAUUUUUUUUAAAAUACAUGUACAAUAUAUCUGCAGGUUUCUGUUACAUAUGUUAAUAUGCAGUCUUGAUGGUUCAGCCCAUACUUACUGCAUAUUAAUUGACAUUUUGAUAAUACCAUAAUCUUAUGAAUAUACUUGUGUACACUAUCAUAUUUCUCAUCUGAUGGACAAUUUGUCCAAACAUUUUUAACAACUGAAUCCAAAUUUCAAUUAGUAAUGUUUCUUUCGAAUGAUCAUAUCUGUACGUUGUUUUGUUUUUAACUGUUUUUUUGCAGAAAUCAAUAACAUUCUUGCCAUGCAUUGUUUUCAUAAAUUAAGUCUGCAGUCCAUUGGCAACUUACACACAAGCAUUCACAAUUUAUUUAUUAAAUGUGUUUAUAACUUUUUCUUUUUGUGACGCUGGUUUAAAUCUGGUAGCUGAUUGGCUGUUAAUAUUUCUGCCCUUUGUCAAACAUAUGUGGCUUGAUUUCCGCGUGUUCUAGACUGCAUGUUUAUAAUUAUGUUUGCUAUUUAGUAGAAUGCUAUUGUAUUAACUGCACAGGUAAGAUUACUGUUAAUAUGGAAGAUGGAUUUUCAGCUUUAACAAACUAUUUGCUCUGUACAAUUUAAAAAAAGCCCCAUUUGAAAUGUGACAUUGUAGAGAAUCUGACAGUUAUCUGAAAUCACUUUUUGAUAUAUAUAUAUAUAUUAUAUGAUUUUGUUUUCAUUUAUUUCACUGUUAUUUCCGCUAUAUAAUACCUUCUGAUUCUGACUUGAGGAUGUAGAGUGGAAUGUGAACAUUUGUUUGAAUCACCUAAUUUAUUAUCUUUUGUUUGUAAUACUUUAUUUUGAAAAGGUGCAAGAAAUAAUAAAAGUUACUUAUACUUAA